GGAAGCUCGUUUCCGUCCGAGUCGCAGAGCGGGGCCAGCAUGUCAGCGCGGCCAGCUUGCAGCGGGCGGUGAGCGCGGCGAGCGGGGCUUUGUCCUGGGAGAUGUGCCGCCCGGGUUUCUGCUCUGCGUCCGAGGAAGGCUCGUAAAGGCUUCUGAAACGGUUUUUAAAUGCUCCAUUGAGGAUACAAAACGUACACCGCCUACAAAGAAACCCGUGAAGGGUUUUGUGCCAGUUUGAUUUUUUAUGCGUAUCCCCCCCCCACCCCCCCACCUUUUUUAAACUUUUACAUUUUGAUCCUCCGAGGCCGGGCCUCCGUCUUUGUGAAGUUUUAAGAGAAGAGCCAGGAGCUGCUCAGCAAUAAUUGCUUUUUGAAACGUACUGUUUUGGGCGAAAGCAAAGAGCUGGUUUUCUGUGCUAGCCCAAUAAAUGCUAUUUAUGAAGAUGGACCUGUUGAACUACCAGUAUUUGGACAAGAUGAACAACAAUAUCGGCAUUCUGUGCUACGAAGGUGAAGCUGCUCUCAGGGGGGAGCCCAGGAUGCAGACCCUCCCGGUGGCGUCUGCCCUCACCAGUCACCGCACAGGCCCCCCGCCCAUCAGUCCCAGCAAGAGGAAGUUCAGUGUGGAGCACGGGGACGCCGACCUGGCCUGUGAUAAUGACCAUGCCUCCAAGAUGAGUCGUAUCUUCAGCCCCCAUCCGAACAAAGCUGCCAAUGGAGACUGCCGGAAAGACCCCCGGGAGCGGAGCCGCAGCCCCAUUGAGCGCGCCGUGGCCCCGACCAUGGGCCUGCACAGCAGCCACCUGUACGCGUCCCUCCCCAGCCUCAGCAUGGAGCAGCCCCUCGCCCUGACCAAGAAUAGCCUGGACGCCAGCAGGCCGGUGGGCAUCUCGCCCACGCUGACCCCAGUGGAGCGGCAGCAGAACCGGCCUUCAGUGAUCACAUGCGCCUCGGCCAGUGCCCGCAACUGCAACCUCUCCCACUGUCCCAUCGUGCACAGCGGCUGCGCCGCGGCCGGGCCAGCCAGCUACCGCAGGGCCCCAAGCUCCACCACCUGUGACCCUGUGGUGGAGGAGCACUUCCGCAGGAGCCUGGGCAAGAACUACAAGGAGCCGGAGCCGGCGCCCAACUCGGUGUCCAUCACAGGCUCCGUGGACGACCACUUCGCCAAAGCCCUGGGUGACACGUGGCUUCAGAUCAAGGCAGCCAAGGACGGCGCAUCCAGCAGCCCCGAGUCGGCUUCACGCAGGGGCCAGCCCACCAGCCCCUCCACGCACAUGGUCAGCCACAGUCACUCCCCCUCCGUGGUCUCGUGAAGGGGGUGCCACCCUGGAGCCACGACAUCCAUCUGCAUGGUUUGCCUGAGCUUUGAACAGUCAGUACUUAAAAAAUGAGAAAAAAAACAAAAAAAAUAAAAUGGGGAGGGUUUGUGGAGGGAGAAGGUUUAUUUGCAAAAACCAUGUCGCUGGGAUUUUCAUUCUAGUUUUGUACGUGCUUGGUGUCCGUCCCCGGGGCCCCUCAAGCGUGAUUGCAGGAGUUGCGUGCGGAACAUUGUCUAACGAAGCGCCCAACCUUCCUGCCUCGGGUACCAAAGAAACCUCUGGCGCAGGCCUGCUGCCCUGGCGGGCCGGGCUGCCGGUGACCCAGACGCUGUGUGCUUCCUGAGACCUGGGUGUGUGUGGCUUUGCUUCCAGUGCGUGUCUGUGUGUGCGUCUACUUGAAGAGAACGGAGGACUGUUGUGUCUGAUUUGCACUAUUGGAGGACAAAAGUUGCCCACCUGACAACUUUUUGUGAGAUGCUAGUAUGCUGAGGGCAAACUGCUGAGGAAACAGAGGGUUUAAGGAUGACAUUUCUGACCAUUUGUGUGGGUUUUUCUGUUUUAAUUUAGACAAAACAGCUGUGGAAAGAGAAGUCUCAUCCCAGCUACAGGUCUUUAUCUAGAUUUCAGGUGCUUGCAACUGGGCUGCAGCCUCCCCCAGGCCCAGGCAUUUUCCCCAGCAGUACGGUCAGCUGGGCUGGAGCUGAGGUGGGAGGGUCCGUAGUGCUUGCCUUGUGGUGCAUGUGCUAGUGGAGAAAAUAGCUGGUUUCUAUUAAUUGUAUAGACAGUAUUUACUAGCUUUUGUUCAGAAUUCGUUUAUUUUUGUCAGUUACAGUCCUAGAUCUCUUACUGCUGGUCCAGUUGUCCCCUAAGGUUUGUACUCGAAAUUCACGCUGCUCCCGAACAGUGCCGGGCCGGCCGGGAUGGAGCACGCCAGGGUUUUUGCCGCAGGUCGACCUCACCGUUUGUUUUCUGCACCUCUGUCCCGCUCCUUAGUGCCUCCCGGGGGAGUUGGGAUUCAUGUCUUCCACUUUCCCGCCCUGCAGAAACCGCUCCCUUGAACUCUUGGCUGAACAGCAGACUCCUGACAAUCUCUGUAGGUUAUUUUGUAUGCUUCCUCGUAUGCUGGGACAAGGCCGUAUACAUUCCUCGGACGUUCUGCCGGCAGUGCCGCAUUGCUAUCGUGUGCUAUGUAGUAACAGCUACUAACUAACUAGACCUUAGGUUGACACCAGCCUGACAGACGCCGUUGUGGGUGUCCAGCUGCUCCUGGGCUUGUUGAACGCCCAUUUCCGCCCCCGUCCCUGUGGGCUGCCUGCACUGCAGUCCCGCCUUGCCUCCCAGAGGGCGUAGGAAGUCACCUGGCCAGGUGACAGGGCCUGACUGCCGCACCUGCAGGGCAGUGUGGAUUCAGGGGAGUCUUCAAGGCUGGUUUUCAGGAGAAUUCGGUUUAGCUGGUUGAUUGUGAAAUUGGCAGGGAGUGGGUGACAAGGUCUGAGGACGGCUCUCACGGUCACAGGGGGGCUGCAGGUCUUUUAAAAGGCAAAAAGAAAAGCCCUUCUCCUCUUGCCCUGCACGCGUUUCACUCCCACUUAACCGGGCUUCCAGGCUUUCACAUUCAGGCCCCCUAUAUUUUCUGUAGGAAAGAUCGUUGAGAACACUUUUUUUAUAUAGGUAACUUUAAGACCAUCAUUACGCUGUGCGUAAAGAAUGUACAGAGAAAUUUGUAGGUAUUUUUUGAAGAACAAUUAAUUUGUUAAUGAUAUGUAGCUAUUUAAUUUUUCCCUUUCCUAUUGUAAUCAUUCAUUUUUUUUGUUUGGAAAAAAAAGUUGAUCUUUUUUUGUCGUAGAUUUGUGUGUAAAAAAGUGCAGGAACACAGUUAGUCUAUGAGAACACUGCAUCUGCCUUAACAGCCACCAGUUUGUUACCGCUACAGGCUACUGAGCAUUGCCACAGAAGGCCAGCCCGCUGCCGGAGGGCUCCCCCGCACAGCCGGCAGCCCCGAGGGCGUCACACUGGGGGGCCGGGGCCUCCCUAUCUGGGAUAGGCAGGACCCUGCAGGGGCCUCGGGCGGAGUCCAGCAAGGCUCUUCCCAGAGCCCCACCACCCGCAGUGCUUUUGACCAUUCUCUCCAUGUUUGUAAAUCUGUAAUAUACCAUUCUCUGUGGCCUGUUUUUCCUGGAAGAAGAAAAAAAAGGUUUGGCAGGCCAUCUUUUUUUUGUACUUAAAAGUAGCCUUAAGAACAAUAAUAAAGUGCUCUUAAACCACA